AUGAGCCUGAUGCCCGUGAUUCUGGAAAAUACUCAGACGUUUGUUGCUAAGCUUGACAAGCUUGCAAUGACAGGCGAAGUCUUUGAACUUGAGCCGCUUUGUACCAAUCUCACAUUUGAUAUUAUAGGUGCCGUGACCAUGGAUGUUGAACUAGGCGCCCAGCUCCCCGAAGAGCAGCAAGGGGACUUUAUCAAGAGCUACAAAGAGUUCCUUCUCUCUUACAGAGAGAAAGGCGGCAUGCUCAAGUGGUGCGAGAACCUGUUCUCAGACAGACGGCGCAAGGCUCUCGCCGAGAAGGUGGACGGCUUCCUCACAAAUGUCAUUCGAGGCAAGUUUGAUGACAUGAAGAAAACCAAGGCAGUAUCCAGUCGGAGCAUCUUGGCAUUGAGCCUCAGCGACACCGAUGUUCUGACCCAGGAGAUCAUUGACGGCACAAAAGACCAGCUCAAGACCUUCAUGUUCGCAGGCCAUGACACCACCAGUAUCCUUCUGCAAUGGGCGAUAUAUGAGCUGUCCCGGACCCCGCGAGCCAUGAAGACGCUUCGUGCGGAGCUGCAAGGUCUCUUCGGUCCAGAUCUCAGCCCCGAAGCUAUCCGCAAGGCCUUGUCACUGAAAGGAGAUGAGGUUACGCAGAGGAUGACGUACACGUCUGCCGUCAUCAAAGAGACCCUGCGUCUCUACCCUCCUGCUGGGUCAGCACGCUUAUGCCCUCCAGGAUCAAAUUUCCACAUCCAGCUUCGAGAUGGCAGCAGCCUCUGUGCAGAUGGAAUGAUACUGUACAACUGCGCAACCCUGAUCCAGCGUGAUGUUGAGGUCUACGGGUGCACCAAGGACGACUUCGUGCCGGAGAGGUGGCUCGGGAACACCGAUACGUCCAUGGCAACGAACGACGACGAGAAGGCUGGCAUCGGAAAAGCCGGCGAGAGUGAGAUUCCGGCGGCAGCCUGGCGGCCCUUUGAGAGGGGUCCGAGGAACUGCAUUGGGCAAGAGUUAGCGAAUAUUGAGGCCAGAGUAAUUCUGGCAUGCGUUGUUGGCGGGUAUGAUUUUGAGAAGGUUGGGUUGGGUGAGGCGACGCUUGGUGUCGACGGGAAGCCAAUCAUCAAUGAGAAGGGCCAGCACCGGUCCAACACACAGCUCUAUAAUCUCGGCCAGUGGAUUGCAUGA